UGCGGAGCGAAACGAACGAAAACUGUUACUAUUCCAAAUUCCCUAAACAUGCAGGAGGGCUCUUUGGAUACGCCGCGGUCCGGCUUCUUCUUUUGUGUGAUGGGCGUGGUCUCGGCCAUUACCUUCUCCACUUUGGGAGCCGCCUAUGGCACUGCGAAGGCUUCUGUUGGUAUCUCAUCGAUGGCGGUCAAGCAUCCACAGCUCAUAAUGAAGGCGAUCGUGCCUGUGGUUAUGGCUGGCAUUAUUGCCAUUUAUGGCCUGGUCAUUUCUGUCCUGCUGGCUGGCUCCCUGCAACAUCAUAUGAGUGCCUUCAAGGGAUUCCUGAAUCUAAGCGCUGGACUGGCUGUGGGUGUUUCUGGAAUGGCGGCUGGAAUCGCUAUUGGUGUGAUUGGCGAGGCUGGAGUCCGAGGAACUGCCCAGCAGCCGAAACUCUUUGUUGCGGUCAUAUUGAUAUUGAUAUUUGCUGAGGUAUUGGGACUAUAUGGUCUCAUCGUGGCUAUUUACUUGUUUACCAAGACAUAGAUGUGUUGUUCAUAAAGAUGUUUCUUCUUUUC